AUGUAUGCUUCUCUAGAUUCACAUCGGCUGGAUCUCAGGUAUGUGGCUCCCGAAUAUGCUAACACUGGUCUUCUAAACGAGAAGAGCGAUGUUUAUAGCUUUGGAGUGCUGUUACUGGAGACAGUUACUGGUAGGUAUCCUGUGGAUUACGGCAGGCCGGCGAACGAGGUGAAUUUAGUUGAGUGGCUCAAAAUGAUGGAUGGGAAUAGGAGGGCUGAAGAAGUAGUGGAUCCAAAUCUUGAAGCAAAACCAGCUAUCCAGGCGCUUAAACGCACCCUUUUGGUUGCUCUAAGAUGCGUUGAUCUUGAUUCUGAUAAGAGACCUAAGAUGGGCCAGGUUGUUCGAAUGCUUGAAGCAGAUGAAGUUCCAUACCGUGAGGACUGGAGAAACAGAUGGCACCAGGCAGGAAACAUGGAGAUAGAAUCCCACACGGGGUACAGCUCGAGUGAUCAAGAAAAUAAUGUUGGAAUUCGACGAAGCUAUUGA